CCUCCUCGUCGUGAGCAGCAUCGUGGGCUGGAGCUUCGUGGGGGCCAGGGCUGGGCUGCAGCCAUGGCCUGAGAGGGGCUUGGGCCGGGGAUGGCGGCGGGGCGCGGCGGGGCCCCCUCGGGCCGGAGGAGCAAGAGGCGGGGGCUGCGGCUGCGGGGCUGCUGCUGCUGAGGGCCAUGCAGAAGGGGCUGCGGCUGAGCGAGGGCCACGCCGUCCAGCUGGGCCUGCUGGCCAAGAAGGACGGGGCGCCGCGGGGCUACCUCUGCAAGCGCAGCUCCGACGCCGCCGCCGCCAAAUGGCAGCCCAAGUGGUUCGCCCUCCUCCAGAACAUGCUCUUCUACUUCGAGAGCGACGCCAGCCCCAGGCCCGCCGGCCUCUACCUCCUCGAGGGAUGCCUCUGCGACCGCGCCCCGGCCCCCAAGCCCAAGGACCCCCUCGACAAGCAGCACUACUUUACGGUUAACUUCAACCAUGAAAACCAAAAAACACUGGAGCUGAGGACAGAGGAUGCAAAGGACUGCGACGAAUGGGUUGCGGCCAUCAGCCAUGCCAGCUAUAGGACUCUUGCGACCGAACAUGAAGCCUUAAUGCAGAAGUAUCUCCAUUUACUUCAGAUUGUGGAAACGGAGAAAACAGUUGCCAAGCAACUUAGGCAACAAAUUGAAGAUGGAGAAAUAGAGACGGAGCGCCUGAAAUCAGAGAUCGCUGCCUUACUUAAAGACAAUGAACGCAUCCAGUCCAGCCAGACCAGCCCACCAAAUGACGAUGACAGCGACAUCAAGAAGAUCAAGAAGGUCCAGAGCUUCCUGCGGGGCUGGCUUUGCCGGAGGAAGUGGAAGACCAUCAUCCAGGACUACAUCCGCUCCCCGCACGCAGACAGCAUGCGCAAGAGGAACCAGGUGGUCUUCAGCAUGCUGGAGGCCGAGGCCGAGUACGUCCAGCAGCUCCACAUCCUGGUCAACAAUUUCCUGAGACCCCUGAGGAUGGCGGCCAGCUCCAAGAAGCCCCCUGUCACCCACGACGACGUCAGCAGCAUCUUUCUGAACAGCGAAACGAUCAUGUUUUUGCAUCAGAUCUUCUACCAGGGUCUGAAAGCACGCAUCUCCAGCUGGCCAACGUUGGUGCUUGCCGACCUCUUUGACAUCCUGCUGCCGAUGCUAAACAUCUAUCAGGAAUUUGUCCGGAACCACCAGUACAGCCUCCAGAUUCUGGCCCAUUGCAAACAGAACCGGGACUUUGACAAGCUGUUGAAGCACUACGAGGCAAAGCCGGACUGCGAGGAGCGGACGCUAGAGACUUUCUUGACGUAUCCCAUGUUUCAGAUCCCCAGGUACAUCUUGACGCUGCAUGAGCUUUUGGCGCACACGCCGCAUGAACAUGUGGAGAGGAACAGCCUGGAUUAUGCCAAGUCCAAGCUGGAAGAGCUGUCCAGGAUAAUGCACGAUGAAGUUAGUGAGACCGAAAACAUUCGGAAGAACCUGGCAAUCGAACGGAUGAUUAUUGAAGGCUGCGAAAUCCUUCUGGACACCAGUCAGACCUUUGUAAGACAAGGGUCCCUCAUCCAGGUGCCAAUGUCCGAAAAGGGGAAGAUCACCCGCGGCCGCCUGGGGUCCCUCUCCCUGAGGAAGGAAGGCGAGAGGCAGUGCUUCCUCUUCUCCAAGCACUUGAUCAUUUGCACCCGAGGCUCCGGAGGGAAGCUGCACUUGACCAAGAAUGGUGUGAUCUCCCUCAUCGACUGCACCCUUGUGGAGGACACAGAGAGCACAGAGGAGGAGGUAAAAGGCUCUGGCCAAGACAUUGAUCAUCUUGACUUCAAGGUUGUGGUAGAACCUAAAGACUGUCCAUCCUACACCGUGAUCCUUGUGGCAUCAUCCAGACAAGAAAAGGCUGCUUGGACCAGCGACGUUAGCCAAUGCAUCGAUAACAUCCGAUGCAAUGGCCUGAUGAUGAACGCCUUUGAGGAGAACUCAAAAGUCACCGUUCCCCAAAUGAUCAAGUCUGACACCAGUCUGUACUGUGACGAUGUUGACAUCCGGUUCAGCAAAACCAUGAAUUCCUGCAAAGUCCUCCAGAUCCGCUAUGCGAGCGUCGAGCGGCUGCUGGAGAGACUGACCGACCUGCGCUUCCUAAGCAUAGACUUCCUCAACACCUUCCUCCAUUCGUACCGGGUCUUCACCACGGCUGUCAUUGUCCUGGACAAGCUGAUCACCAUCUACAAGAAGCCCAUCAGUGCCAUCCCUGCAAGGUCCCUGGAACUUUUGUUUGCCAGCAGCCAGAACACCAAGCUCCUCUAUGGCGAGCCUCCCAAGUCUCCACGGGCGAGCCGGAAGUUUUCCUCUCCGCCGCCCCUCUCCAUCACCAAGUCCUCUUCCCCGAGCCGCCGGAGGAAGCUCUCCCUGAACAUCCCCAUCAUCACCGGGGGCAAAGCCCUGGACCUGGCCGCCCUGAGCUGCUCCUCCAACGGCUAUGCCAGCAUGUACUCCUCUAUGUCGCCCUUCAGCAAAACCACCCUGGACAUCAAUAAGCUCUACGUCUCCAGCAGCAGCAGCUACUCCAACAAGAUCCCGGAUGAAGGGGAGUCCAUUGGCACUGCCGAAAAAACCGAGGAUCUUCUCCCCAGCAAGCCAAGUGCAGACAUGUCCGUCCGGGAAGAGUCUGAUGGGGAUCCCAAUCAGAGUGAUGACGCAGACGCAGAGACGUCACCCACCAAAUCUCCCACCACACCUAAGCCGAUCAAAGGCAAGAGUUCUUCAGAAUUCCCCUUGUUCUCAUAUAAUAAUGGGGUGGUCAUGACAUCUUGCCGGGAGCUGGAGAACAGCCGCAGUGCCCUCUCUGCAGCAUCAGCGUUCGCUAUCGCCACCGCCGGAGCCAACGAAGGCACCCCCACCAAAGAGAAGUACCGGAGGAUGUCCUUGGCCAGCGCAGGUUUCCCUCCUGACCAAAGGAACGGUGACAAAGAGUUUGUGAUCCGAAGGGCGGCCACCAACCGGGUCCUCAAUGUCCUCAGGCACUGGGUCUCCAAGCAUUCCCAGGAUUUCGAAACAAAUGAGGAGCUGAAAUGCAAAGUGAUCAGCUUUCUGGAGGAAGUGAUCCACGACCCAGAGCUGCUGACGCAAGAGAGGAAAGCAGCUGCCAACAUCAUAAGGACUUUGACUCAGGACGAUCCUGGAGACAAUCAGAUCACCUUGGAAGAGAUUGUGCAGAUGGCCGAAGGGGUCAAAGCGGAGCCCUUCGAAAACCACUCGGCCUUGGAAAUUGCUGAGCAGCUCACUUUGCUGGAUCACCUGGUCUUCAAAAACAUUCCUUAUGAAGAGUUUUUUGGGCAAGGAUGGAUGAAGGUGGAAAAAAAUGAGAGGACUCCGUACAUCAUGAAGAACACCAAGCACUUCAAUGAUAUCAGCAACCUGAUAGCCUCAGAGAUCCUCCACAACGAGGAGAUCACUUCCCGGGUGAGCACCAUUGAGAAGUGGGUUGCCGUGGCAGACAUCUGCCGGUGCCUCCACAACUACAACGCGGUGCUGGAGGUCACCUCGGCCUUCAACCGCAGUGCCAUCUUCCGCCUGAAGAAGACUUGGAUGAAGGUCUCCAAGCAGACCAAGGCCCUAAUUGACAAGCUGCAGCGGCUGGUCUCUUCCGAGGGCCGCUUCAAGAACCUGAGGGAAGCCCUCAAAAACUGCGAUCCGCCUUGCGUCCCUUACCUUGGCAUGUACCUGACGGACCUGGCGUUCAUAGAAGAGGGCACCCCGAAUUACACAGAGGAUGGCCUUGUGAACUUCUCCAAAAUGAGGAUGAUUUCCCACAUCAUCCGAGAAAUCAGGCAGUUUCAGCAGACGGCCUACAAAAUCGAGCAUCAAUCAAAGGUCACCCAGUUCCUCCUGGACCAGUCCUUUGUGAUGGAUGAGGAGGGUCUCUACGAAGCUUCUCUCCAGAUAGAGCCAAAGCUGCCCACCUGAGUCCCAGAGCGGUGGCUUUCCCCCCCGUCCUGCUGUGCAUACCUUGUAUCAUAUUGUACAUAGCGGCUCUCUUCUGUUUCUUUGGGGGCAACCCUUGGCUGAGUCUCUCUUACUUACUCUGUGCUUCUCUAAGAUCUGCCACCCUCCCCCGCCCUGAACCCCGUCCAUCCGUCCGUCAGUCCCUCCGUCCUUCGGCCUUGCAUUGUCCUGCUGCGGAGUCUGGCCUUGACCACUUUGUGGACCCUGUUCCUGGUUUAUCUUCCGCUCUGUUAUCUCUGUCAUUGAGUCCUUUCCAGGGGAGGGAGGGAGGGAGGGGGGAAUGGAGCAGGUGACAAAUGUGGGGGAAGCCACUGGCCCACGGGGGACCCCUUUCUCCGCGCUCCUCUUUCUCUCGCCCAGUAAAGAGCAGCCGUUUCUCCAGGGCUUGGCAAUGUGCGCAUGGGGUUCCCUUCGGCCAUCGGAAACUGAGUGUGCCAUCUCCAUGCGCUCACAUGCGUGUGUGCAAGCAGGCACAUACAUGCUCCAGGGAUUUGUAGGAUUUUGCAGCCACGGCGGUUGACAGAAUCACAGUGCUAUCGCCAUGUGUCAUGAAAUGGCCCCAAAUCUAAUGCAGGAUCUCCCUUGUAACCACCGCUGGUCAAUUUUUGCUGAAGGCAGCGGACAGUCGGGGUCCUUUCACUUCACACCGUUAUAGUGCUGUGAUUAUGCUCCCAGGACCACAUGGCUUUAUCCCAUGGAAUCCUGGGAUUUGUAGUUUAGGGAGGGCUGUUCAGAAUUCUCUGCCAGAAAGUGCAAGUGCCUCAAUAAGCUACAAACCCCACGGGAUUUGUAGGAUUUUGUGGCCAUGGUGGUUGACAUGGAAUCACAGUGCUAUCGCCAUGUGUCAUGAAAGGGCCUUUAAUCUGUUAGAGAAGGAUGCCAAAAUGCCUGCUGUUAUUUCAUUGAGCUAAGCUGCCCCCAGCUCAGGUGGUCUUCAGCCCAGGAAGGGCAUGAGGGAUCCCAUCCCAUUUCUGGGUAUCCAUCUCCAUUCCCCCAGUAGCCCAGAAUCCAUGGGAAAACAGGGGAGACAUUGGCCUGAAUCCUGUGGAUGCCUUGUCCAUGCAUAACACGGGCAUUGGGACAUUUUGUGUCAAUGCGCCCACUGUGUCUGAGGUUGCAGAAAUCAAGUUGUCACUGGGUGCAAGUGGUGCAUUUGGCUGCAUACAGUGGGCCCUUGGUAUCCUUGGCUGGGGUCUGGUUCCAGGACCCCCUCCCCUCCCACCAUAGAUAUCAAAGUCCAUGGAUGCUCAAAUCCCAUUCAAUACAGUGGCUUAGCAAAACGGCAUCCCUUAUAUAAAAUGGCAAAACCAAGGCUUGUGUAUUGAAAUUUCAAAAUAUCUCCAAGCUGUGGAUGGUGGAUAAAGAAUCAGCAGAUAUGGAGGGCCGACUGUGUUUGGCCCCUUGGUUCAGUUGGGCGACGUUGCCGUCCGGCACAAGGGUUGUGUAGCACCAUGAACACACCGUAGGAUUUGGGCUCUUGUGGGGGGCGGUCAGUGGUGGGUGGGCAGGGGGCAUUUGGGGACUGAUUUGGAGAGGCCUGGGCAGCCAUGGCCGUGCAAAGGGGGCAGGAGGAGGAGGGCUGGUGCCCCUCUAGCAGCCCCUUGGAUGGCCUUCCCUGGGGGUCCUAUGAAGGAGGAAGGGAGGGGAAGGGGUCCCGUUUGGAGGCUCUGGAAGAGGGUCGGGGAGGGAAGGGGCCAGGAGAAACCCCCGUCUUUUGACUAUUUCUGCUGCAUCACUUUGUUGGGGGGCUUUUGUCAAUAAUAUGCUCUUCUUGUCCGCAGACCCGCUAGUGAGACUUCUUCGUGACCUACCAUAGACUUAGGCAGGGGGCAGGGGUGGGGUGGGGCGGGGGAGAGGAUGGAUGAUGAUGGUGAUGAGGGUUUCUAUUCCAUAGACUGUAAUCCCGGCGAACCCCUUUGCUAGCAGGGAUAUGGCAAUGUCGUGCUUCUUCUGUGAAUAUUAAAACCAUGUCUUUUUUAAAACACUGUACAGUAACAUAAACCCCGGUGAGUUUCUCCGGAGUGGCAGGCAGCCAGGCUCCACCAAAGCAGAAGGAAAAGCCCCUUGUUGCUGUAAGCAAUAGCUGUCAACCUGAGGAUCCCCUUCCGAGGGCCUUGUUUUGGGGAAGUGGAAGGACAACAAACUCCUCCAGAAACAAAGGGGGGGGGGGG